CUCUUCACGUGCUUAGCGACUCGAGCUAUACACUUAGAACCAGUGUGCAAUUUAACGGCCGAACAAUUUUUACACGUCAUUAGACGGUUCAUCGCCAGACAUGGGUACCCCAACAGUGUGGUCCUGGAUAAUGCAACCAGUUUCCAGUUGGUCAAGACGGUCAUGAAUGAUGUGCAUGCCAGACCCAUCAUUUGGCGAUUCAUUACUCCCUUUGCACCAUGGCAAGGAGGGGUGUAUGAACGACUGGUCGGACUCACCAAAGCAGCCUUUCGCAAAGCCGUUGGACGAAAGUUUCUUGGUGAGGAAGAAUUCAAAACCUUGAUAUUGGAAUGUGAAGCCAUCGUAAACAGUAGACCACUUACCUAUGUGGAUUCUACGAUCGGAAAUUUUCUCAGACCAGUUGACUUCCUCAGACCUCAAGCAAUCGUAGCCGUGCCCGAACCUGUGUCAGAACGUGACAACGAUGACGCUUAUACGUCAGGAAAUCGCGAGAAAUUGAUGGAGAUCUGGAAAGCUACAGUACCGGCGAGAGCAUGA